ACUCGAGCCAGACUCAAGUCGACGGAGGUUCGACGCAACGUCGACGCACGAGUGGAGCGAGUGGCUUCAGGAAGGUCCCCAGAACGAGCAUCUGAACCAUCAGCAUUUCAAGAAGCUCCCCCGCCACGAGCGCUCCGAGAACUUCUUUUGGGUCCAGCAGCAGCUGUGGCAGGAGACGGCAGGCGCUUCCCAGGCUUCGCAGAGUCCGCCGCCUUCCAGCGGCUGCAGGACCUCUUCGUCGCCGGCGCCGGGCUCUGCCUGGGGCUCCAGGGCGAGGAGCCGGACGCGAGCCUGGCGUCGACGUCCUUCGUGUGGGCGGCGGCGAUCGGCCACGGGGAGGACCAUGCGGAGAAGAAACGCACUUCCACGGCCCUGGCCACCUCCUCUCUGCGGCGUACUACGCCGACGCGCCUGAGGGCUCGGGCAGCAUCUACUUUGCCGACCCGCGGGGCCCUUUCCCGCCCUUCGCCGGCGGGUUCUUCGGCAUGACGCCGCGCUCGGGCGACUUCCUGUUCUUUCCCUCCUGGCUGCGGCAUGGCGUCAAGAAGAGCUACUUCAAAAAGAAGGGUGUCAGACGAGUGGCUCGGCGGGGCGGAUUCCAUGAACCUCGACGGGGAUUGGGAAGCCACUGCCCGAGUGAACCGCUGGCGACACGUUCCGCUGCCGGGCGGCAGCUUCACCGGGGCGCGCGCGCGAUAGUCGGGAGCCGGCCUUCGCAGGAGGCGUGCGCGCAGCGGCCGGGUCGGCGGCAAGUUGCCUUCGUCGCUGCCGGCGGGCGCGACACCGGACGAACGGAGGAUGGAUCCGCCCCAUGCCGCCGGGCGUGCUUCCCCAUUGGCCGGCUGGCUGAUUGGCUCUCUUGCUCGUGUUCGGCGGCGACUUUCCCCUGCGACGUGGCGGCGCCCGCGGACCCGCAAGAAUUCCGAUGUUCGCGCCGAAGCUGGUGACCUUUCUGUUUUUUUUGUCGGGCCCCGCGGGCCGCCGGUGGCGCGCGUCGCUGCACGCUGCGAGUUGGGGGCACGGGGCGUCCAGCGCCGAUCCGAGAAAUCUGCGCAGGCAGCAGAGUCUUUGUUCUAUGCUCAGGGCACUGUCGGCCCCCCCCUCCUGACUCCAGCGUCUUCGCUGCAUGGACAGAUCCCCGCCUCGGACCCGUUGCGCGCGUCGUUGGACAAGCCUGCGUCUGACGAUCUCGCGGAGGGCCGCAGCACCUCGCGAGUGACUGCAGCACCUCGCGAGGUGCCCCCCCUCUGUUCCUCGUCGGGCCCCGUGGAGCCGCGCUGGGGCGCGCCGCUGCUCACAGAGGUCUUGGGGC